GGCCAGCUGACUGUAAACAAUCCGUGUUGGCAGAUCCCUAAUGUCUGGCAGUUCCAUCGCCGUCUGUCAGGAUGGCCAGCCCUCGCACACGUCGGGUCCUUGCCGAAAUUAAGCCCAAAGAUGAGAAUAGUCAAUGCUUUGAAUGUGGAACCCAUAAUCCACAAUGGUCGUCUGUAACCUAUGGGAUAUGGAUUUGUCUGGAAUGCUCAGGAAAACACAGAGGCCUUGGAGUGCACUUGUCCUUUGUCAGGUCUAUAACUAUGGACAAGUGGAAGGACAUAGAACUUGAGAAGAUGAAGGUUGGUGGAAACAGGAAAGCCAAGGAUUUCCUCUUUAGUCAAUCAGAUUACGAUCAUCAGGCCCCACUGCAACAGAAGUAUAACACCCGAGCUGCUGCUCUCUACAGAGAUAAGAUCACUUCUUUAGCCCAAGGGAAAUCAUGGAGUGUAGAAUCUUCACAGGCAAAAAACCACCAAUCGACAACAAUCCCAAAGUCAGUCUCUACGCCAGCAUUCAAGUCAGGAGGACAGAAUAGCUAUGCAUCCAAUGGCUAUGGUUACGGUGGUGGUGGUGGAGGUGGGGGGGGUGGGGCUACCAAGACUACCAAGGAGGAUACCAAGGAGGCUUCACCGACCCCAGUUUGAAGACCGACUGAAGCUUUCUUUGAACGCAUCCAAAAUGAGAAUGCCAGCAGGCCAGAGAAUCUGCCACCAUCCCAAGGAGGGCGGUACACUGGAUUUGGAAACUGCCCCAACCCUCCACCAAAGAGUGCCUCUACUGAGUUUUUUGAUACCGCUUUGUCAUCUCUUACAUCAGGCUGGUCUUUACUCUCUGUUGGUGCUACGAAAGUUGCUGGGAAGGCCAUGGAGUAUACAAACAUUGCAUCAGAGAAAGCAGCUGAAUACAGUCACACCAUCAGUGAUAAAGUCCGGGAGGGAAAGCUGGUGGACGAAAUAUCAUCUCAGGCUGCAGCGUUGGGACAGAAGGUCUCAGAGGUGUCACGACGAGGAUGGAAUGAAGCUUCAAAGGUAUUAAACACUGGAGGGUCAGGAGGGACUCUGGCCUUAACUGGGGGUUCUGGUGGGCCCCAUGAACGCUCCUCACUCCUCCUGGGUCCUGGAGAUGGUUAUCAGCGCCUUGAUAAUGCGAGGAAGGAAGAUGCUCAGACUGGACUGGGCCUUGACCUUGACCCUGAACAGACUUCCAGGAAUAGUGAACUAGCCCCCGAGGAUGACUCCAGCAUGUGGGAGAAGGGGAGAUCAAGUGAUGGCUGGGGUGAUGACAACUGGAGCAACGAUUGGGGAAGUGGGAACAACAGCUUAACGACUUCUCCCACUCAAGGCGGAAGAAAUUCAGCUACUCCAUCCCCUAAUGCCCGUGCCUCUAAAACAAAUUCACACAGCAGCAGUAGUGGAAAGAUGAAGGCUUCAAAAAGCAAAGAGAGUUCUCAGGAGCAGCAGCUUUUAGUGGACCUUGGCAAUGACAGCGGGAACAACAGCAAAGGUCACACGUGGGACAAUUGGGAUGACGACUGGGAGAAGGUCGACGGACAGUGAAACCACUUUGAGACUGUUCAGAAUUAGUUUUUAAGAUUCCCAAAAAAUCAUAUAUACAUAUAUAUAAAUGCGUGUGGUCUUCAUAUCUUGCAAUUUCAUUUUUUGCAGUCACUGUUCAGCUGCAGUUAUCAUUGAUUUCGUGUAUUAUAAAAGAGCUCCUGAGAGGGUAAUUCAGCUCAUGAAAUCUCAUCUUUAUGUAUGUCAAGUUUUUUUUUAAAGCUCCAUUGCAGUCCUUGAUCCGUUCUUAUUUUUAGUUAUUUUCCUUUACUGGUGCAAACAAGAAGCAAAGGACGGAAAAAAAUUAAGGGGCAAAACUUAAAUAUGAUGAACUUCAGUUUCACAAUGAGUUGAGGAAUAGUUGAUUGAUAUUUUAGUUUCCAUGAAGCAUAUAUAGUUGAUGUUUGAGGAAAGAUAGUAUUGUGUGCUUCUGUGUGAGGAAGAUUCAAAAUCGGGAAAGUAGUGCUGUAUACGGAGAUAAGAAAAGAUCAUUUAUGAUUGAAUGACCAUGGACUUUAAGUACUUUCCAAUUUUUAAAAAGGAGACAUUGAUAUUGUCUGUAUUGAUAACCAGAUGAGGGAACCCAUUGUAUAUUUUAUGGUUAUAGAACAAGGAUGUUUUACUAUUAAGUUAAUAUAUAUUUUUUAGAUUGUGUAAUUUUUUUUUUUUUUUUGAGAUGUUAAAAUAUCUGUACUUCUUGUAGUGAGUCUUUUUCAUAUAAACUGUUGUUUAUUCCUACUAUUGAAUUAUCUGAUCAUAUCCCUUUUUUUAAGUAUUGAUUUUGUGGUACCAUUGUAUGAUUUUUGAUAAUAGGUUUCCAGGGAACUUGGUCUUUUGAUUAUUACCACCUUUGUUUGAGAUAAGUUUUUAAUAUUCCAUUAUUAUGUAUCAAAGAAAUAAUUUCUUGCACAUCUGUUGGAGGAAAUGAGAAUGAGAUUUCUGUCAUAGAUUCUAAGUUUGGUGGCAGGAUGUAUUCCAAGUUCAUUUCCUUCACCCACGUGGGCUGCCAUUUCAGUAACAGUACUCAUUGGGCAGUAAAAAACAAAAACAAAAAAUUAUGUUGGUGGUGGAGGCAGUUUGGUUGAUGGGUGAGACACUUUUGUUUUUUCACACCUAAGUAGUUAUUAAAAGCUUACUUGAAAUUAUGGCAUGCCAGUGAGAAGACUUUGAUUUCAGGAAACUCAUGGCAUAUAAUUUAUUUGAUUAUUUUGGUUUAAUAGGCUUUGUAGUUUUUUUCAUUUUAGCCCGCAUGUUAAUGGCAUAUAAUCAUAUCCAAUUUUGUAUAUGAAUGGCUGAUCGGUAAAUGAUGGUCUUCAAGGACUAAUGUGACAGGUGAAUGAUUAUUUUAUGAUUUUGUGCCUGAGAUUUGUGUGCAGUUUACCAUUUUCUUUCACAUAACUGCUUUCUAUCACAUCUUGCUUUCAAGUUCGUAUUAGUUUUUGGUUUGUUUGCCUUGUUAACUGGAGUCAUUGGGUCUGUUACUGAAAAAAUACUAUCCAUUGAAAUUCCAGUUGUUGACAGUGUGUAUGAUACUAAUGAAUGAAUGACUGUCAGGAAUAUGGAAGAUCAACCAUGAUAAUAUUUGAAUAAUGAGGACUUUUAUAUUGGACAAUAAGAGAUUGAAGAUGAAAUAUUUAAUGAAAUAAACUAGACCUAUAACAAACUCAUGAAAGCGAAUUUUCAGAGUGAUAAUCAAAGCUCAAGUUUAUCCAUGAUGUGGAUAAUGAUCACAGUGUACGUGGGAAAGACUGCAAACAUAAAGUGAUACUCAGGAACAGUUUUACAAAUACUUCAGAAGAAAAGACAAAUUCUGUGAGUUAAAAAAUUCACAGAUUGAAAAGAGACCAUGUCUUAUAUUUCAGUUCAAGUAGACUUUUCAGGAAAGUAUCAAUUUGUUUAGCCACACAGUUUUUUUUUUCCCUUUAUGGCAGCAGUUGUAUUAUUAUCUUGUAUCAGAUCAGAUACUUGCCUAGAACUCUAUACUUGACAGUUUUGAUGGUGAUAUUUCAGAGGAUUGUAGGAAGGGAAUGUAUACUGAAAGAUUUGAUUGAGUACAUUGAUACUGUAUCAAUAGAAACAAGUAUUCCAUUGGAACUGUUUUGUUUUUCAGAGUAUUGAAACAAAUGGGUAUCAAGAUCAUAGUCAAAGAGAUUUUAACCUGAAGGUACAGGGAACCAUACAGUCUACUAUUGUUUUCUUUUGUGAUGUGUAUACUAAUUGAUGGCCUCCCAAAUGUUCAGCUGAUUUUUUCCUUAUUUUAAUUUUGAGAGAGAAAAAAAAUCCUACGCUAUUAAUAUUAAAUUUAUUAAUAUUAAUAUUUAUUUAUAGAUUGAAAAUUUUCUGCCAUGCCAACAUGAAAGGUCAUAUGCAGCAUAUUCAAAAUAUAACUAUAGAGUGAGGCUUGGGAUGAUGCCCUGUGGUUAGGAAAUUAUUUUGUUUGUAGAUUCCCAGAAUGUUAAUGGCCAGAACAAAUAAUGUGCCAGACAUAAAAGGUCAUAAAACAUUAUGAUAAAGUAUUUUGGCAAUAAGAGUAAAACUUAAUAAAGAUUAGGACAAAAUAUGUUAGAUGUCAAAGGUUGCUGAGCCCUGUUAGUAUGACUGAAAAAGUUAAAGAAGGAAGAGCAGAUGGAGUACAAAGGCUGUUCAGAACUGACACAAUGCUAGCCUUUCUUCCUGUCAGCACAGCUCAUACACCUUACCUUAGGGAGUGGAGAGAAGGGGAUGAAGAAAAGAAGAGAAAGGAAAGGGGGAAAAGAAAAGACCAUGCAAAAUCGAGGCGAGGGCUGAAGUCCAAGGUGGGGUGAUCCCUUACCUUGGGCCUCAGCCUUCAUCUCCUAAGCCUCCCCACGACAACGAACAAGGUAUGGGGGGUUAUUAUUAAUAUCAAUGUUAUUAAUGUUGUUGACAUUAUGAUUAUUAUGUUAUUAAUACUAAUAGCAAUGAAAAAUUUUAAACAAUAUAUUUGAAAAUCAAGGAAAAAGGUAAACAGGUGAGCUAGGUAGGACUAGUAAUUGACUCCUUGGGGAUUAUGCACUUGUGAAGCCAUCUGUGUAACAGCAAUCAAUAAACAAUAAGACACAGUGGAGCUAGUAUGUAUUUGUGCCAUCUCAUCAACAGGGGUUAAUUGCGGAGAUUAGAUUACGUUAUAUGGUUAGAUUUUUAGGAUUUCUUUGCUGUACAAUUACAUGCUGUACAUUACGAGAUGCACAAUAAAGCAACAGGUGUGUCCUCUUAAAAGUCUUUCUUGGCUAACACAUACAAUAUUUCUGCAAAGGCAUUCCCAGGGAUUGCAGAGAAGUUUGACAAGUUUCUCUUAAGAGGUUUGCUGAAGAAAAAUGAGAUAUCAAGAAUUUAACUGAAUAUGUUCUUUGGAAUUAUUUGAAGUUUAUGAACAAAAUUAUUUGUUUCAGUUGUUAAUGAGUAGUGAUAUAAAAAGGGCCCAGAUGUAUCUUUUUUCAAGUACAGACUAAAUGUUCCUAUUUUUUUGUAGGGAAAGUGAAGAUUAAUAUAUGCCCCUGUCUUCAUGGCACAAUGGACACAGCAUUUACUAAAACAAAGGAAUAUAUAUAUAUUUCUUUUAUCUGUCUUCCUUGAUAUUACUUCUCUAUUAUUCAAUAUUCCCAUAUCAUUACAUAUAACUUGGUUUUGCUUUACUUCUGGCACAUGGUUUGCAUAUUUCUCAAGUUUAUUUACUAUGUUGAGGCCUUCAAGCAUGUGCAUGGUCAUGGGUAUGCAUACCUGUACACAGAAGCAUUUUGUCUACUUGUAAUAACAACUGAGUAUACAGAGGAAUGAUCACCAAUGAUCUCUAAGAACUGCUGCAACAGAUUUAAAAAUCCCAGAUUGUUUAUGUUUAUCCAAUUAACGUGUCGGUUAGUACCAAUAUAUUUGCUGUAUUAUGAUUUAUUAUUAUUAGUAGUAGUGUUAUUAAAACUAAGGCAUUUAUUGACAAUAUUAAGAUGCUGGACAUUACCAUGCAAUGGAAGAAAAGGAUUAAAAUUUUGUAUUUGGGUACUAAUUGUGUUCAUUGAAAUUUUUGAGUUUCUCCUUCCUCGUACUAGUGAGUUGUUCCUUCCUGGUAUUAGUGUAAGCUUGACAUUAAUAUCAUGCGCGUAUUUCUUUACUUUUGUGUGUAUAUGUUUGUACUGUGCUGAUGACAUAGAAAUUGGAAACAGGAUUGCAUGUUUGUAGAGAAAAUGCACAUAAUGAUUGUGCACUGUAAUUGCUAUUGAGGCACUUUUGUGAAAAAGCUUCCAGCAAAACAAGUUUAUCCUAUUGUAAAUUUUGAAGUUCAAGUUAUAUUUCAAAACAUGUAUGUGCACAAAGUAGUGCAGGUGUAACUUUUAACCUUUUAUCCCGCAUAGUGAUAUCAUAUGAUAAUAAGUAGAGGGUUAUAUGUCAUACAAGGCCGUCCUUCACCCACAGUAUAGAGCCCUAUGAAAAGAUUUUCUUCUACUUUGAUUUAUAGCAUCACAACUAGAGUGGUCAUAGGAUGGGGAUAAUAUAUCCAAACUUGAAUUCACACCUUUCAAGUUUUUAUUUGUGUAUUCUACUGUUUGUGGUAUGAUGCUGUCUGACUGAUACACCCACCAAGAGCAGAUUUAUGAUUUAAGGUCUUUUUAGCUACUGGUAAAUUUAAGUGCAAGACUAGAUAAAAGAAAGUAUAGUCAAAGAAGUGAUUUAACAACCACUAUUGCAAGAUAACCAUCUGAUUAAACCUCUGAAAAGCUAUUUUGUGUAUCUAAGGAACAUCUGGUAAAUAUUUAGACCGUUUAUCAGUUUCAAGGUGCAUCUUCAGAUAACUUUCCUUACUUGAAUACUGAAAGCCUAAUGAAUGGUUAAUGGUUAAAACAAUAGAUUUGCUAAACAUCAAAGGUCAUAUAGCACUAUGGGAAAGUAUAGUAGCAAAAAGGAAAGUCUAAUGAAUUCACAGUAUUGAAUGUGAACUUUUGCAAUUAUUGAAAUAUAUUUCUUUUGUUUUGAUAACCUGACUUUGUUUUAGUAAAGAUCAUGAUGACAUGCUUGGUAAAAUAUAUCGUGGUUAGGUUUUUGACAGCAUACUUGGCUUAGUAUAUUCUUUUUUUAAUUCCUCAGAAUGUAUUUCUAUAUUUUGUCUCUAUGGUCUGUGUCUUUGUGUUUUAGGAGGAUAGGAUUGUAGUAACCAUCAUAUAUCAUUGUAUAUUGUAAUGCAUUCAUCUAUAUUUUGUGUAGAGAGUCAAUAGUAAUACAUUACAGGAUGUGCAACAUGUCCAUUAUUGUGUGCAAAAUAUUUGCUGGCUGGCAACCAUAGUCUACCCCUUUUAAUGCCCUCCCCCUACCAAGCUUUGUACAUCAAAUAAUACUUAUUUUCAGGCUUUUAGCAGUUGUUUUGCAAAUUGUUUUGAGUUUCAUUAAAAAUCAUCAGUCUUAGAUUUAUAACCUUGCCAUUUUUUGCACUUUUAGGAUUCUUGGUAUUUUGAAAGGUUCCAUAUAUGUUGAAGUUCAGAUUGGAGAGGUAAUGUUUAGUGCAGCAAGAUAACAGGGAAAUUUAUGGGACAGAUUAAGAACAUGAAAUAUCACACAGAAUGCAAAUUUUUAUAAAUGUCAAUUAUUCUAAAAUUGGCUAGACUGCUCUUGGAACUGAUUAAAAGGAUAGUCAACACUGUAUACUCAUAGCAAAUGUGAUCUGCUCAGGAAAAUACAAUAAUAAACACUCAUUUGGAUAUAAUAGCAUGUGAAGUAUAAAGUUUUUUCUGCAGUUGCUCACAUGGUUGCGCUUUAUGCGGAUGAAGUGGAUGCUAAAAUGUUAUGCUUAUAAAUGCUAUUCCAAGUGAAGCUAACAAACAAGGUGAUUGCAGAACACAUCUUGCUUUCUUACUUGCCUCCUCAUGAUAAAAAGCUUGCAAUGCAGUGUGCAGUUAAAGAGUGAAUGAAAGGUUACACAUUGCAUGCCUUGAAUAACUUUAUAGAACUAUGAUAAAUUUGCCUCCUCUGCAUAUAAAUGAUAACAUACAGAGUAUUCUGCUGGUUUAUGCAACUCGAAAUGGCUGACUUUUUGGAGUCGUGUGCCUGCCUAUGAUAAAUUAUAGCUUUUCUAACUUUGAUACAUAUCUGGUAAUUUUUAUAAAAAUAGAAUGAACUCAACUCAAGAAAGCAGAGCAGAAAAUGAAAUAUUGUAUAAUGUGUGUUCUGGUGCCAUGUUCCAGCUGUGUCAUGUGCCAUAGUUCAUAUUUAGAUCUUCAUAUUUUCCUAAAUCGUAAAACCAGGUCUUGUUGAAAUAAGCCUAAAUGGUAUUGUACUUAAAUUUGGAUUUAUAAAGAAAAAAGUUCUUUACUUGGCCCACUUCACACACAAUUGUAGAGUGUAUACAUGGUUAUCGGUAAAUGUGAAGUGCAAGACGUAUGAACUUACUAAUUCUAAAAGUAUCAACGAAGAUUUGACGUCUUCUAUUAACAUUAAAAUUCUAAGGUAUUAUAUCUUUAAGUUAAAUGAGUGGGUAGGAUUCAAAGGUACCACAUAUUGUGCGGACACAUGAAAUCCAAAAUUAAUACAAAGAAAUAGGUUACUGAAAUACUGUCAGAAGAUGCUUCAUUCAUUCUGCUCUGAAGUAUUUUGUACUGGUAGUGAUCUGCCGUAUAUGAUGUUUGAUUUGUUUACUAGACCUAUCUAUAUGUAGCAUUAUUAAAGUUUAUUUUCAUAUUCUAAACACUUUUAUCUGGAUGAUUAUAUCUUAUGAAGUUGUGCUUUUAUUUCUUGCUUUAACUUUAAAUUAUGAAAUAUUUAAUAAAGAAUAAUGACAAA